CUCGCGCGCGCGCAAUGUCCGCGCGCCACCUUCGUCUGCGGUGACGACGCCAGACGGUCGAAGGAUUCGGUGCUGAGCAAGAUGGGCGCAUUGCUGUCGAUCCCGCUGCUAGGCAGCCUGGGCGGGCUAGCAGCAACGUUGAUGACCUCGGUCGUCGCGGGUUUGGCUUUCUUCUGCACAUCGCAAGCGGCGGCAGCAUUCUGCAAGUCAUGCAAUUGCAACUCUUCCGUCGCCACUCGUGUCGGCUUCUCGAUCAUCUUCCUCCUCAACUCGAUGCUCGCGUGGGCCAUGCUCUCGCCUUGGAUGAUCAAGCAGAUCGAAAAGAUGUCAUACGACUACAUCAAGAUGGACUGCAAGGAAGACAAGUGCUACGGCGUCCUCGCUGUUCACAGGAUCUGCUUUGCGCUCUCCGUCUUUCACAUGGUCCUCGGCGCACUCCUCGUCGGCGUCAAGGACACUCGCGUCAAGCGAGCGGCCAUACAGAAUGGCUGGUGGGGCCCCAAAGUAGGAGCAUGGCUCAUCCUCGUCGUGGCGACAUUCUUCAUACCGAACGGCUUCUUUAUGUUCUGGUCCAAGUACAUCUCACUCAUCGGCUCAACAAUCUUCAUCUUGAUCGGCCUCGUGCUCCUCGUCGACUUUGCUCAUACGUGGUCAGAGACUUGUCUGGACAACUGGGAGCGAUCAGAGCCAGAAUCGGCCUUCUGGAAAUACAUUCUCAUCGGUUCGACGCUCGCCACAUACGCCGCGACCAUCGCACUCACCGUCGUCGACUAUGUCUUCUUCGCCGGCUCGGGCUGCUCCCUCAACCAAUUCCUCAUCUCGUUCAACAUGAUUCUGUGUAUCUUUGUCAGCGUUCUAUGCGUGCUCCCGGCUGUCCAGGAGGCCAACCCACGAUCUGGUCUCGCACAAAGCGGCAUGGUCGUCAUCUACUGCACCUAUCUCGUCACUUCGGCAGUAGCCAACCACGACUCUGGCUCUGGCCAAUGUAAUCCACUUCAGAAGCGCGCAGAGGGCGCUCGAACGAGCAUGGUCGUCGUUGGCGCUCUCUUCACUUUCCUCGCGAUCGCCUAUUCCACCUCACGAGCAGCGACACAGUCAAAAGCCCUUGUAGGCAAAGGAUCGAGGCGAGGUGAAAUAGGCCUCGAUGGCGACGAUCUGAUCUCGGGCGGAGCUUCCAUUGGCGAGAUGGGACCUGUCCGCUCGCAACCGACCAAGAAAGACUCGUUGAAGUAUCAAGCGAUGCUGGCUGCCGUCGAGGCUGGCUCGAUACCAGCUUCUGCUCUCAACGAGGACUCAGAUGACGAGAUCGACGAGGGUGCGCCUGGUGCACUCGACUGCGACGACGAGCGGACUGGAACCCGUUACAACUACUCGUGGUUCCACGUCAUCUUUGUACUCGCGAGCAUGUAUGUCGCCAUGUUACUGACGAACUGGAACAUUGUGGGUACAACAGGCGACGCUCAAAUAAGCGACGGCACAGAGGACCUUGGCAGCCCAGUCAAGAUCGGAAGAUCAGGGGUAGCAAUGUGGAUGAGAAUCGUCUCUGGAUGGCUAUGUCUUUCGAUCUACGCCUGGAGCUUACUCGCGCCUGUAGUCAUGCCAGACCGCUUUGGAUGAGUACAACAUGUUCGCUGUUGUACAAUCUGUCUGUAUCCACCUCUGCAUCUCAGAAUUUGGCAUCUCCUUCUGCUGGCACGACUCUUUGCAGCCACUCGUAGACAUCCUUCAGCUCUUUGGGGUUAGCAGAAUGCGCCAUGCCUGGAUAGCUCUCAAAUUGGAUGUGCUUGAGCUUGAGCUGAUCUCUGAGGUAGUCUACGCUAGCUGAACCCCAAGAGUACCGGACGACUGGAUCAGCAGUUCCAUGCCCCCAAAACACAGGCGUGCUCCGCG